CCCAAGGCCGCCGAGAUUUGAAGAACGAUGACUGACGGCUAGUUAACAUCAUCAGAUUCAAAGUUUAACUACGGAAGAAUGUAUGAAGCUACGCCGACAUCUCCUAUUAUAGCAGGCUUUUUAGAGGGCAAUGACAACUUGGAUGUCGGAAGUAGUUUCAUGAGCCUAUAUGAAGGGGUUGAGAAUUUGGGAAUUGAGCCUGCUUUGGUGGGCUUUUUAAGAGAUGAAUGUGAAGCACAUGAAAUGUGUGACUUUGGUGGUGAUGGAGUAAUAUUGAACCCACAUCCCAUUUCAUUUGCAAGUAUAACGAAUGUACGUGAUGCAACUACUUUCAUUACGUUGUUAGAAGAAGAGGGAGACUUGCAUGUCCAGGGGGCAGUGGGGACUAGUGCAAACACCAUGAACUGUUUGGAAACACACGUUGACGCCAACGGUGAAGAUGAAGUGAUUGAUAAUGGAUCAAUGGGACAAUGUAAUGUAUCCUUGAUUGGGAAUAAUUCCGACCAACAGCAAAGACAAGAGUGUGAGUCCUUCAACGUUGUGGAUGCAACGCCAGCGGUCGGUAUGCGUUUCAAAAACUACGAAGCACUAUAUAAUUUCUAUCAUGCAUAUGCUAAAAAAAAGGGGUUUCCAAUUCGCAAAAGAAGCUCUAGAAAAGGAAAUGACGGUAUGACACGAAGUGUGACAAUGACUUGUGGUAGAGAGGGUAAUCGGGAGAAGCGGAGUAAAAAGAAUCUAAAUGCACAACCCACAAUGCAGUUGGGUUGCAUAGCCCGAAUCACUGCCUCAGUCGAUAUAGAAGGUGCGUGCACCAUUUCGGUUGUUAAUUUAGAGCAUAAUCAUGAGCUAAGCCCAAGCAAAGCUCGUACAUGGCGUUGUAACAGGAAAGUGCCUAACCACGUUAAAAGACGUCUUGAGGUGAAUGAUGCUGCAGGGAUCCCGCUUCACAAAAGCUUCAACUCGACUGUUGUAGAAGCAGGGGGUUAUGACCACUUGACCUUUCUUGAAAAGGAUUGCCGGAAUUACGUGGAGCAAGUGAGGCGAGUUAAAAUAUGUGCCGGAGAAGCCAUGGCAAUCCAAGCUUAUUUUCAGAAAUUGCAAGCACAAUGUGAUGGUUUUUUUAUAGUAUGGAUCUAGAUGAAGAAUCACGUUUAAAAAAUUUGUUUUGGGCUGAUAAGAGAUCUAGAGAGUCAUACAAAGGAAAAUGUCUGAUCAAUUCAGAUAAGAGGUCUUAACCAUUCAGACUCUGUAUAAUACUUAACCAUUCAGAGGCAAAUCUCUUAACCAUUCAGACAUCUGAACCAUUAAGAGGCUGAAACAAACAGUCUGAACCAUUAAGUGCUGAACCAUUCAGACAUCUGAACCAUUAAGAGGCUGAAACAAACAGCCCCUAAGUACAACAACAACAAGAAUAAUUUAAUAAUCUACUU